CAAUUUCAGAUUUUUUAUCUACAAAUUGUGACGCGAAAUGUAUAUUCUUGGGAAACCCGGUCACCUCCGAAACCAUAAAUUCUUUUCCGACGAAUUGUAGUACUGUAUGUGCAAACCUAGUGCUAGAUGAAACUAUAGAUGUGACAGAAGAAAAAUUGGCCUUGACUUUCAAAAAUAUGAGAGUGUUGUUCGGGUCAUUGAAAGUUGUUAGCACAAGUCUAUCCAAUGGACAUUUUUUCUCUGAUUUGGAGACAAUUGAAUGUGAUUUAAACGGAACAUUUCUUUGGGAAGAAAACAACUUAAUGACUGAAAUUGGAAUGACGAAUUUGACCAGGUGUUAUUGUCACAUUGAUAUCAACUACAAUAACGACAUGAAAUUGUUGAAUUUACCUAAUUUAAAGAAUUUUUCCUCGAUACUCCCAAACAAUUCUGAUCAACAAAUCAUCAUGAAUAUCUAUAAUAUGCCCAUUGAAUUGUGUUUGUCAAUUGCUGAAGCGACAAAUUUCAUAAUUAACAGAAAUCUUUAUAUGAAAACAUUGCCACGCCAUUUUUGCAAUUUCACCGGUGAUUCUAUUUCGAGUGGCAAAGUCUGUCAAUUUGAAGAAUUGACCCUGAAAAAUAUGGACUCUGGUUGCGUUAUUGUUUGUGGAAAUGUAACAAUUGAAGAGGAGGAUGAGGAUUUUUUUUAUAAAUUGAAAAAUAUGCAAUUUUUAUUGGGGAGACUAUGGAUACCAGGAAAACCAAGAUCACUUAACUUUUCAAGCAAUUGGGAAUAUGGAAUCAAUUUGAUACAUGGGUUUCCACUAUUAUCUGUUACACAUAAUUCGGUACUAGAAACCAUUGUAAUGCCAAGGUUAAAGGGUAUACAACUCAGAACUCCAUUUUGGAUAGAACUCCAUAAUGUCAAUGAGAAGCUUAAGUCGUUGCCAAACAUUGUUGAUCCUUAUAUGGACUUUUACAACAAAACUGUCAAGUAUUGUGCAACUUUUGAUGGCCUUGAUUGUUAUUUUCCUCCUACGGAAGAACGCGACAACUUCAGCGUACAAGUAUGUAAUUUGUGCUUGAUAUUUGUGAUGUGCUCGUUCCUCCUAAACAAUUUGUUGUAAUGCAAAUUUGAUGUGAAUUAUUUCUUCCGUG